UCGACGAAUUCAGUUUGCCCGCAGCGGAAGCAAUCCUCUGGUUUGAAAGUAAUUCUACCACCACUAAGGCGGUUUGGUUUUCAAGUCGUAGUUAAAAAAAAAAAAAAAUGGUGUAAUAUUCAGCUGAUAAGUGCGUUCCUAUCAGCAUCCCGCAACAUUGCAGUUUCUGUGUUCCAAAGGGGGAAUUCAUUUUUAAGUCCAACCGUCUGUGGCUGGUCAGUCAUGAGCUGGAGAGCAAAGCCGACGGUUCUAUUGCUCCUCGCGCUUCACUUGACCAUCCGGAGUCACGCAACGAUGGUGAAAUGGUGCAAUGGUGACAUGUGGAGCGAACCGCAAGCUGUGUUCGUUGGCGAGUCAUUCGAGGUGUUUUGCAUGUGCAACAACUCCACUGUUCAAUUGCAGAACAUGUACCUCAAGCCGAGCCAUUUGGAGCAUCAGGUGGCAAGCACACCCGUCGACGAGUACACCAUAAAGCACCGAGUGGAGGUCGACCAGCCCAGGCAGUACAUUAGAAUUUACUGCAUGUCUGGUGAGGAUUACCUGGGAGAGAUCUACGUGAAUGUGGUUCCGACCCUGAAUGUGACGAGCUUUUAUUGCCGUAAAACUGCCACCGACAAAGAGGCGUCUUGCUUUUUUAAAGAGUUGGGACUAGCCGCUAGCAUAACGAAGAAGACCUACUCGCUGAGCAUCGCUGACCUCCCAAGCAUCCCGUGCUUUAAAGGCGCUCACUUCUCCAGUUGGAUUGAUUGCCCAGGCCUUUUUAUUCCCAGAGACUCUGACAACUAUGGGCCCAACUACCAGAUCCAACUUUCUAUGGAAUACGAGGGACAUAACCAGUCGAAGGUGUUUCCCAUGACCCUCAGGGAAAUGACGGUGCCAGAGUGGCCAAUGACUCAGCCAAAAUUUAGUCAGAGCAGCUCAAGGAUCUGCCUCAAAUGGGCGCACACGGAUCACCUCGCUCCUGUGGCGCUCUCACAGAAUUGGAGAGUGGAGAUAUUCUGCAGCAACCCCAAGAUCAAACCCCUUUAUACCGAAAGACGCGUCACUCCCAUGUUUGGUCAGGACCUCUGCUUUCCCAAGCUGCCCUAUGCCAACCAGGGAUACAUAUUCCGAUUUCGCCGUCGGUAUAAUGUCACGGGCGCACCCUGGUCAACUGAGUUCGAGUCCAGGGAAGUUACAAGCGUAGCCGAUAUUCCCGCUCGGCCGCCGGUGUUUCUUACCAACGGAUUCUACCACGAUCCGGAAAAGAAGGAGCUGUAUGUCUUCUGGCGGCAGCUGGACGAGCUGGAGCUCAACGGACCCGACUUUACGUACGCCGCGGCCACGGGCACUGGCAAGAAUCCGUCAUUCAUCGACAGCAAUUGCGCCCUCUUCAGCGACUGGGACCCCACAAUCUCUGGUGUCAUAUACGUUUGGAGCCAAAACUCUGUGGGAACCUCGAAUACUAGCAAUGUGUUCGAGGUGCCCCUUCUGGCCAACUCCGAGUCACUUCAGAUACGUGGGUUGAGGUACCACGACGACAACUACACCCUGACCUGGCAGGCUCCCCAGGAACAGCAAGGUCUCAUUGGCUAUGCCAUCUCCUGGUGCUCGGGUUCCACAAUCCGUUACCAGAUCUGUGACGAUCAAAAAUCCAUUCAAAUUGAGAUGUUAGAAAGAUCCCAACUUUUGUUCCAAUUCAACCAAUCGAAGCUCCUUUCCAAUAUGGCUGUGGCAGCCUCAUACAAGGAUAAACCGAGUGGCGGCAUGAGUUUUGUAGGUACACGGUUUCCAAGUGUUCAGAAGGACGAGCAGAAAGCAACGGGUCUGAGCUUAAUUCAGGUUGUUGCGGUUAUAAUUUUAAUGGUUGCGCUGCUUUCUUUGAGCUUUGUAUCCUUUCGGAAGCUGCGAAAAAUGGCCAAAAUCAAGGUUACCCUCCCAGACAUUCUAUUUAAAUCGGUGGAUAUUGAGAUCCCUGUUCCUGGCCCCCCUGUCUCUAUAACCGUCCCAGGAAACUAUCCACCGAACGGUGUACUUACCAUAGACAUACUAACCAAGGAGUGUCCAGUCGAGGAGGAAGCUCCGCCGGAGCAGGAUUAUAUUUCUGAGCCUCCAACGCCAUCCUCCGGUUCAGAAAGUUCUUCAAAUGAAAAUCUGGCUUAUGAGCCCGAACCACAGACUAAAAAUAUUCCUAGUCCUUAUGUCACCUUGGGCACUGGCUAUGUUAGGUAUCCUUCUUAGGAUUUGCACAUUAUAAACACUUGUUAUUCAUUUAAAAAACCUCUAAUUCACUUUUAUUUUUGUACAAUUAUUAUUCGUGUUUUGUAGAAAAUACAAAAAAAUAUCAAUGGGCUCCAGCACGUUGACACAGAGAAAAUGUGG